UAAUUGGGAAUCCACAAAAUUAGAGGGUUGACGUAAGGCGUACUCAUUGCCGUGCCCAGGGCCAAACCGGUAGAUCGUCCUGCACAUCAUUCCGCUCGCCAAAACCUCUCCGAGGUAAUACCCGCACAUUGUUGCGCGUCGCUACACCGGCGGGAAUUCCACAUGUCGUCUGUGGUUUCGAUCAUUGUAACGAUUUUGGUAGUGUGUGCACCAAUAGCCGGAGGAUCAUCGUCGGUGAUUUCGAGUCCGAUUUCGUUUGGAUCUCGGUCGAUUCUGAGAUCAAUCGAGAAGGGUAAAGCUGAGAAGCCUGAUUACGCUGUGGAAUUGAACGCCACGAGCUUCGAUUCGGUGCUUAAGGAGACCCCUGCUACUUAUGCUAUUGUUGAAUUCUUCGCUCACUGGUGCCCUGCCUGCAGAAAUUAUAAGCCACAAUAUGAGAAGGUUGCCAAGCUUUUUAACGGAGCAGAUGCUGUUCAUCCAGGGAUCAUAUUGAUGACAAGAGUGGAUUGUGCCUUAAAGAUCAAUACUGAUCUCUGUGAUAAAUUCUCAGUCGGACAAUACCCUAUGCUUCUUUGGGGCCCACCUUCUAAGUUUUUGUCUGGGAGUUGGAAUCCAAAAGAUAAGAGUGAAAUACGUUCCAUUGACAAAGGACGUACUGCUGAACUAUUGCUAAAUUGGAUUAAUAAGCAACUUAAUGGAUCAUAUAGUUUAGAUGAUAAAAGAUUCGAGAAUGAGCAAAAUCUCCAUGCAAAUGUUUCGGAUCCUGGACAGAUUGCACGUGCUGUCUACGAUGUUGAGGAGGCAACCUCUACAGCUUUUAACAUCAUUUUAGAUCAUAAGAUGAUAAAACCAGAUACUUGGGCACCACUCGUCAAAUUCCUUCAACUUUUAGUGGUCCAUCACCCAUCAAGAAGGUGCCGUAAGGGAACUGCAGAAAUACUCGUUGAUUUUGAUGAUUUUUCAGCUGAUAACAAGAAAUCCCCUAAUGUUGGUGAGAGACAGCCACUCAGGAAUUAUAAAAUUUGCGGAAAUGAUGUGCCUCGUGGAUAUUGGAUGUUUUGUCGUGGCAGCAGGAAUGAGACUAGAGGCUUUAGCUGCGGAUUGUGGGUUUUAUUGCACUCACUUUCUGUAAGAGUAAGUGAUGGAGAAACUGAAAUGGCAUUUACCACCAUAUGUGAUUUCAUUCAUAAUUUCUUUAUAUGCGAGGAGUGUCGACAACAUUUUAACGAAAUGUGCUCAAGUGUUUCUAACCCUUUCAAGAAAUCCCGCGAUUUAAUUCUUUGGCUGUGGAAAGCUCACAACAAAGUUAACGAGAGGCUCAUGAAGGAAGAAGCAUCUGCGGAUACAGGCGAUCCCAUGUUCCCCAAAAUGAUAUGGCCUGCUCGACAACUCUGCCCUUCUUGCUACCGAUCCAAAAGCAGCAAAGAUGACGACAAGAAUGAGAUCGAUUGGGACGAGGAUGAGGUUUACAAGUUUCUCAUCGGUUACUACAGAGAGACACUCGCAACAUUUGUUAAAGUCAACAAACAGCUAAACAACAACAACCCCGACUCAGCAUUCGCCGACGAUUUGGCAGUUUCAGCGCACGCAGUUGUCGUGCCCAUCGGAGCUGCAUUGGCCAUUGCCGUUGUGAGCUGCCUGUUCGGCGCACUUGCCUGCUACUGGCGCCAGCGACAGAAAAGCCGGAAGUAUAAACAUCACCUACACUCUUUUAAAAAUAUAUAAUAUUAACCGUGUUUGUUGUUUGACAGCGAAAUAUUUAAAACCCAGAGGUACUACGAAAAAUAGGUGUUUGUAGUCAUAGCGAUACGCCGAGCUGGCCUUCUUAUUUAUCGUUUCCGCUAACAUUUCAGGCCUAGGAGAAGCUGGAACUGAAAUUAUUACAGGAUUGAUUGGUAGAGAAAAACACCGGUGAUUUCAAGCUCGAAUUUGAGGAACAAACAAACAGGUGAUGAAUUUAGAGUCUUGAACCAGAAAUUUUCCAGGGGGGCUUUUCGUUUUCUGGUUUCUCUUACAAAUGGAACUGUGUACAGAUAUAUAUAUAUAUAUAUAUUAUAUUUUUCA